AUGCCGCGAAGAGGUGGGAAAUCUGGCCCACGCCCAAAGGGUAAGCGGCAUUCAGCGAGGAUUGGGGCCAUUGGGCAACUCGACACUACUCCAAACCGUCACGAUCAGUCUCCUCGUGCAGUUCAGCCUCAGGAUCCAACACCGGCAUUACCAAAUCAGGACGCAAAUUCCGAGCUUCCAGACCCUGAGAUACCGUCGACAUACGAAUUUGACGAUGACCUCAACGAGGAUGAUCUAAUGCGGCUGGUUGCAGCUGAAGCCGCUCCAUCCGCUCAACCUCCUCCUGAUUUCUCAUGGUCUGAAAUCGGCUCAACACGCCGAAGCACGCCUCUACGGGAAGACGAACCAAAUUUGUUUGAUAACCAAGAUUCGCUUCUCGACGAAUUUUCCAGUCCAGUGUCCGGCCUAGGCAAGCUUCCCAAUACUCAGCCACUGCCAUCAAAGCCUGAUCAAGAAAGCAAAGAAACUCAUUUUGUUGACUUUUCUGAGACAGCCUCUACUGUACGACGAAGUUCACCUUAUUAUUCGUUGGCUGCCUCUCAGAUCGGCGAUGACGAGGCGCUGAAUAUCGUGGAAAACAACCCUUUGGCACCACUCCCAAGUACCUUCCCCGAUUCAAUACAGGCUCUUGGAUUACCUCCUUUUCCGGGAUUAGAAGCCAUGGAUCACUUGCCGGAAGACGAGCUAUAUGAUGUCACGCCUCCUAAGUCAACGGCUGAUCUUGAAGCUGAGACCUCGCGACAAGAGGAGGAAGCAGCUCAAGCUGCCCCAAAAAGGUCACAGCGUACUAAAAAACCAAAUUCGUCACAGAACCCAAAGACAAAAAGCAGGCCGGGGAAGGUAUCAAAAAGCCUUGAUGCCCUUACGAGACUGUUAGAGGAGGAACUGGAUCCAUCAGGAGAAGACGAAGGAGAGGCGCAAGCAUCUUCACCCCCUGAAAAGCCACCAGCAAAGCUUCCGAAGCGGAGGAACGGCGCUCGCCAAGUCAAAAAGACACCAGAAAGAAAACCUGUCGCUGCAACAACUGAGGAUCCAAAGACAAGUGAGCAAGGGCGAAAGGAAAAGAAGGGCCGGAAACAACGAGCGAAGACUCCCAUCCAAUUCGACGAAGAGACACAUGAAAUAAAAGAGGCCCCACCACGCAAGGCAGUGGAACAGCAGCCGCGCAUGCCCAUCGUGAGCAGUCUGAGAAAAUCGCAUGCUGCCUCUGUCUCUCCCAUUGCAAGUGCAGAGAAAGGGACGCCCGGCUCGAAACGAAAGCCUGCGCCACAGCGCAAACCGCCUGCUCAAGGUACUCCCCAGAAGGAGAAGGCUCCCAAGAAAGCCCCCCAAGCUACACGAAACUCAGAUUUGAAGAAUGUGGUGCCUCAGGAUAAACCUGAUACAGUUGAAAAGGGGAAAGAACGUGCAGUUCCUGCUACAAAAGUUGCAGCCAAGCCUUCGCCCGCGAUUAACAAGAGAACAACCCGGGCCAAGGUGAAAGAGGAAAAGGCACCAGUGCCGCAACCUAUAAAAACCCAACAGACGCCAGAAACGAGGAAUGAGACUCAGGGAUCGACUCAGGACCCUAUCGUGCUCUCUAGCGACCCCGAAAGCUCUUUGUUCUCGGAUGAUGACGACGGCUUCGUUCCGAUUGAAGACUUGCACCCAAAAGAGAAGAGUCAACCAGCAAGGAAGACUCAAUCAGUGAUGGGAGAGUUGCUUGUUGACCCAAUUGUCGACGUGGAACCAGUAGACCAUGCUCAUCGUGAGAAAGCGCAGCCUUCUAGACGCCCGCAAACCCUACCGCACAAUCCCGAGACCUCUCGCCCUUCACAUCCUCCAAAAGAACAAAUCUCUAGGCAGAAGACAACCAUGACUGUUAAGCCUGACCCCAAGAAGCUUGUUGAAGAACCCGUUACAAGCACGAAGGGAAGUCGUGCAGCUCAAAAAGGCCCAAGAGAGGUUUUGUCGGCUCGAGAUACUAACAUUCUCGUUCAACAAAAUACUUCACAAGCAAGGGCCUUGAAAAGACCUGCCAUAACAGUUGACCCCAUCACUGAUGCUUCUCAUCCACCUCGCAAGAUCAGCAAGUCAUCACGGAGCUUCAGUAUCAGUCAAGCGGGUAGCCCGUUGCCGCUUGAAACAAGCUCAGCUCAGCUCGUCGGUGGAACCAGCCCGAGUGCUAUGGAAGAAGUUGAAUCUGUGAAAGAAUCCCCAUAUCCUGAUGGCAAUUACUUACAACAAGAGUACCUCUCAAGUCUGGCCGCCGCAGAAUCCAUCCCGGACAAGACACGAGUGGCAUUUAGAUCAAAGCCAAAAAAGCAAGAGAAAUCCAAGGAAGCCGGCUUGCAACCCGAGCUCAGUUCAAGUGAUCAAGACCUUCAUGCUCAGAUACUGGCGUCUUUGCAGGGACAAAAUGAGGCGACUACCGAAGUGGAACAGGCCAUGGAACAUGACAAAGUCCGCGGCAAUAGAGAGUCUCCCAAACAGACACGACCGGCCGGACCGAAUGCAGAGAUAGCCGAGAAACUCCAUGGACUAGUCGAGACGAUGCUGGAUCAUCUCCUAGCCAGGGAAGCGACCAUCUACCGCGGCGCUGAUGCCUAUCGGAAGAAUGGCAUCAACUGCGUGGACAAGAUCGAACGACGCUACAUGCAAGAGAGGCAAGCGCUCAAUGAAACGUGGAAGAAGGAUAGUGAUAGGUUCAUCCGGGGGACGCGGGUAGCCAAAGCAGCGCUUGAUGAGCGCGGAAAGAUACGAGAGAAGGCGAUACAGCAACUGGAUGAAACGGCAGCAAGGCGCCGUCACUUGUUUCAACAAGCGACGACAAGCUUACGAGCACUUCAUGGACGAUUGAUGAAGCGAAAACUUGCAGACUACGAAGAUUGA